ACGGUUUUCAUCUCGCUUCCGUGUCUGCUGUGCUUUGUUUCAGUAGCCGCCGAUUGUUAUUGCUAGAAGUACCAUGUUGUUUUGCUGUCGCAGUCAGAAGUGCCGAAAAACGUUGACACGACUCGCCAAAGCAAGAUCGGCGGAGUGUUUAUCUCAGGCUUUCCCCGUUUCGUUAAUUUCAGGGGCAGAAAGGGAGGAGCCACUUUUGGUCUGAAACCCGUAACGGACAAGUUGGACAGUACACCACUUCUUUCAUCAAUUCCUUCGCCCGUUGAUUUUCUAGUAGGGCUGUGCAUAAAGAAAAGAAUUAAGCAAAAAAAAUUAUCUGACCGCUAAAUCGGCUGCCUGGUUUUUUAUAAAAGAUUCCUUUUUCCCCGUCUUUCGCUCUUCUUCCUUUCAUCAUGUCCUCUGCUGCCCAAGACGAAUUCAACCAACUCCUCCACAACAGCAAGGUGAAAUACUCCUCUCACCCCGAAGAUCGUGACCGUGCCUCGAGCCCCUCCGACACCGAAGAAGACCCCCCAACAAAUCCCCCCUCCGAAGACGACGACGACGACGACAUGCGUUCGCGAACAGCAACCUACCACGUCCCCAACACCGUUUUCGACGCCAACACAGGUCCCAAGGGCGUCAUCGCCGACGCCCAGGCCUUUGAGCGCGCCAGGAAACAAUCCCACCGCCGGACACUGGGUGGGCUCGUCUCGGAUGACACAACGCCCUUGAACCACUCCCCGCCACGGGAUGGGGCCAAGGAUGACGAUGAGGAGGGCUUCAUGCGCAGGUGGCGGGAGUCGAGGAUGCAUCAAUUGCGGGGUCGGAAUAUGAGACGGUUGAGUCCGAGGAGGAAGAGGUUCGGGAGUGUGGAUACGGUUGAUGCGGCGGGGUAUCUCGAUGCUAUUGAGCAGGUCACGGCUGAUACGAUUGUUGUGGUUUGUGUUUAUGAUCCCGAGUCCAGUGCUAGUGGUAUCGUUGAGGAUUGUCUCAACACCAUUGCCCGCCGGAAUGUCACUACACACUUUGUCAAACUUCAUCAGGAAAUCGCUGAGAUGGACCACAUCCAGGCUCCGGCUUUGCUGGCCUACCGGGGUGGUGAUGUCUUUGCUACCAUUGUGGAGAUAUUCAGACAAAUCCCCAAAGGCCGUGCCUGCAGUGCUGACAGCCUCGAGGAGUUACUCAAACAAUAUCGGGUAUUAUAGUAAUAAUACUCUUUAUUUUUAUGCUUGAUGAGAGCCAUCGCUAGCAAAACGGAGCACAGCAGGCGUACAGGUUUCAUGUUUUUUUUUUUUUUUUUUUUU